AAAUGGGAGAGAAAGCUGAAGCCAUUACUGCCAUUUACAAAGUAAACCUUCAUUGCCAACAAUGUUGGAGAGAGAUCAAAAGGCCUCUUCUUAAAACACAAGGGGUUCAUAAUGUUGAAGUUGAAAUGGAGAAAAAUGAAAUUAGGGUGAAAGGUUCGAAUUUGGAUGUGCUCAAAAUUCACAAGCAAAUAGAGAAGUUGAGCAAGAAAAGGGUUGACUUAAUUUCUCCCAAAGUCAAGCCCAAGGAGAAAGAAACUCCUAAACCCAAUGACAACAAACCCAAGCCAAGCCUUAUCCAUCGCACAAUAACAGCUAAGGUUCACUUGCACUGCGCCAAAUGCGAGAAAGACCUCAAGAACAAUUUGCUAAAGCAUAAAGGAAUAUAUAGUGUGAAAACAGACAUGAAAGCUCAAACCCUAACAAUGGAAGGAACCAUAGAACCAGAGAAGUUCAAGUCUUAUCUGAAGAAGAAGCUGCAGAAACACGCCGACAUUACUACGGCGGUCGAUUCAUCGAAGCCACCGGAGAAGAAGAAAGAAAGUAGUGAGCAAAAAGAGAAGCCUAAAGAAAAAUCUUCGUUGGAGACGACGACGACGACAACGACCAAGAUAGUUGCAGAGAUUCAAACCAAAGAUAACGAUAAUAAUAAAAAUAACGCUCCUUAUUUCAUUCACUACGUUUACGCUCCUCAAUUGUUUAGCGACGAAAAUCCAAAUGCAUGUCAAGUAAUGUAA